CCGAACGGGCGGCGAGCGUAGAGUUUGCAGCCCUGGUAAGCUUUAAUGGACUAAGUGAAUUCAAAAGACAAAAAUUAUUACCGAAGAAAACAUUCUUUUUAUCUAGCAAAAUCACUUCACAAUGGCAUCCAUUCAAAGUUGUCGGUCACGAAGAAAGCCAAGCCAGACAGAUUCUAGUGAAGGGGAUAGUGCGGCAGAAAAUGAUGAGACAUUGCUUCAGGCAAAUUCAGAGGCUGAAUUUUCAGACCAAGCAGAAGGUACUGUUGUGAAAGAGGUAGCAGGGCAGUCAGAGAUGAAGGACCAGGAGGAGAAAACCUUUAUGGCUAACCUCUACACGUUCAUGAAGGAAAGAAGUACACCUAUAGAAAGGAUCCCUCACCUGGGCUUUAAACAAAUCAACCUCUGGAGUAUAUACAAGGCAGUAGAGAAAAUGGGAGGCUACGACUCAGUAACUGCUCGUCGCUUGUGGAAGAAUGUGUAUGAUGAGCUAGGAGGAAGUCCGGGAAGCACCAGCGCAGCAACAUGCACACGACGCCACUAUGAAAAGCUGGUUUUGCCAUAUGAACGCUGGCUGAGGGGUGAAGAGGACAAACCUCUGCCUCCCACUAAACCCCGCAAAUACCAGACCACACCCAAAGAGGUAAAGGGUAUGAAGACAGAGGUGAAAAAGAAGAAAGACCAGCAAGAGAAGAAUUACAAAGCCAGUGAUGGUGAUAAGAUGCAAGAGAUAAAGGAAGAUCACCCAAGGUGUGAAUAUAGGAUCUGCUUGCAUAGUUCCCAUGGGUCAGCUCAGCUGAAAACACAGGACAGUCUUGGUCCUAAUGGAUCACACAACCAGAAAGAGAUGGAGGAUGCAACAAAUGUGAGACUUCAUGAUGAAUGCGAAAGUUCACUCAAGAAUAAACAUGCAGGCAUUUGUCCACUUCCUGCUGGCUCUCAGAAUUGCCAGUCAGGCAUUUCCUACCCAAGCUCACAGCCAAUCAAAAGUUUAGUGUCCAGUUUCCAAUCUAAAUGCAGCCAUGGAGCAGGAAUUUCACCUCUUGUGAAGAAGAAGCUUGCAGCCCAAGCAAGUAGUGCCAGCUCCUUUAAUUCCCUGCAGGAGGAAGCUGUGGAAAAGGGGGUUGACAGCCAGCGAUUGUGUUCUAGCCCAGAGGAUGACACUGGGAGACCGUCUGUUAUUCACCACACUCAACUUCCAGAGCAUCCCGGGCCAACAGACUCAAGCCGGACCUCAGAAGAUGGAUCACCAAUACCUGCUUCCUCACCAAGUCUGUCAUUGUGUUCUUCCUCGGAGGAUUCCUUUUCUCAGCCAGAGGAUAACAAGAUAACACCAGAAAGAUCUCGCCCGUCAGCAUACAUUGGUAGUUUUACAUCAGUGCCAUUUGCUAAUGGUGUCUACAAACCCCUAAGUCAUUAUCCAAGUAAAGAACAUCCCAGCUACCUACAGCUCCCAAAGACCUAUCUGGAUGAUACAUCUUACAAGACUGCAGGUAGCAGGACCUGUGCACAGUCAGACUCAGGUUCUCUUAUCUCACGAGAGCAAGCAACAGACAUGUCCUUGCCCCGAAGUGCCUGGAGUAGAGGCGGGAAAGAGCAACACAGGAUACCCUCACCCAAAUGCAACCAUCAGGCAGCUUCUUCUUCAACUUGUAGUCCUAAAGCCUGCUGGGUACCUCCAAUGCCUCUAUCCAGUUUCACCAAGGUGAAACCAAAAGCUGGUGAAGCUACUGCCUAUAGCUUUCUGUCAGGAGGUGCAAUAGCUCAUCAGGGCUUCAAACUACAUGAAAUGCAGAAACGAGCUUUGGAGGAUCCAGACCCUGCUGCAACAUUUACAAAAAAGUUCAAAGUAGUGCCUCCUUUGCCGAAAAACUCUGUAAACAUGAAGGACAAAUUAGAACCUGGAAUCGUUAAGCCAUUUGCCACUCACAAACUGGUGCAGCCACAGGCCAGCCUUGCCCUCCCAGCUCUGCUUCCUUGCUAUGACCAUGCUAGACCAAUGGCCUCAACUUACUCAUUGGAGCAACUGAAAAACUUCUCUUUGCUGUCUCCUCCUCCCAACCCUUAUGUGUACCCUUCACUGCCAGCCCAUGUGGCCCUACCUGCUUCUGCGUCUCAGCUCCCAGAGUCAGUCUACCACUACAUUGGCGCCACUCCAUUCAUCCCCCAGUAUGAAGCCAGCCGCCGUUCCCGUCUCUACUCCAUCCCCCUUUGCUUUUCUCAAGCAGGUUAUGCUUUACCUAGUUUGCACCAGAUGUACCCAAACACUAAACUGUCCUAAGCCUGCCUGCUGUACUUCAGAUGAGCAGCUGUAACUGUGUAACCAAGCAGGUCCACAAAAGGCCAAAAAACUUGAGGGAUCUCCUCUGUCCAAGACAAUGGUGCUGCUAUUUUGUUGUUAAUUUUUAUUUUCCACAGUUUUUCUGAAUAGAGUUACUGUUACUGAUUGCAGGAAACAUUGAAACCAAUCAGACUGAGUAUCAGACUGAAAGCCUUCAGGGAGAAUAAAGUCUUUACUAUGCAGACUGCUUACUGUUCUUGUUACUGUAUUUGGGUUUCUUUGCUUUUACAAGAAAAGCAUUCCUCACAAAUCUCCGUAUCGCCUCGUUGGCCCACUUCAGGAGGAUCUGUCCCCCACGCAGUCACCUGGAGCAUUUCGUUCUCUCAGCUAAAUGUGAUGCCACAGGCAGGAAACACAGCCAUUUCCCAGUGAGCUGUGAUGAUUCACCAAGAAGGAAAAACAAACUAACUCAUUUACAUUAAGUGACUUAUUCAUUCUGGGGAAAACCUUGCUGCACGUUUUAUUUAUUAUAAAAUAUACUCUUGCAUUUCUAAUUUAAAUAUUGAGUCAGUUCCUUUUUUGGAAGGAAAAAUACAAAUGGUUAAAAAUAAAUUAUGGAAAGGUUGGAUUCUUUUGAGUUUUUUUUUCUUUGAUAUACUAGUGGCAGUGGAAAAAACCUUUUAAAGGCCUUUGUCUUUCCCAGUAAGGUGUAAUAAUUCAACUUGACUUGAGGUUUGGGUGUGCAAUGUGUUCAAUACAGUAUGUGGCUCUUAAAAUAAUAUAUACCUAUACUGUAUAUUUUAUUUUAUAGCAAUAAAGUGAACCUGACUUUUAUAUUUUAAUAUGUUAAUACUGUAUCAUCUAUUCUGUUUCAUAAAAAAUGUCGCCAUUGAUUUUGUAACUGCUAUAAGAUACUAUGUAUAUUUGAAAGAGAAAAGUGAGGAGGUUUU